GGCACGGAUCGGACGCUACAUCGCUCGGGCCCUAGGGCGGGGAGGGAGGGAGGCAGGCGACCGGGAGGACACACGCCAGACGACCGAGACGCGCCGAGAUUGGCACGCACGGAGCCCAGCCGGCCCAGAGGCUAGGACAGGGACUUGGCACCCGCCCGCCCCCCAGCCAGCCUGCAGCGGGGUCUGCCCUGCUUUCCUCUGCGAUCGCCGCAAGUUUCCAGCAGCCUUCGCUGGCGAUCGGGACCCGGGGCGUCCUCAGCCCGCAGCCAAAAGGCUCUAGGUGUGUUCGGAGACCUCGGGCGGAAGCCAGCCAAGAAGCCUCCUGGGUUACGAUGCCGGCGGACACCCUGGAGAAGCCGAGGGCCUCUCCUCUGGCCGGAGCGCCGGCCAGCGCCAGCCAGACCCCGGACAAACCCAAGAGCGCGAGCGAGCACCGCAAGUCGUCCAAGCCCAUCAUGGAGAAGCGGCGACGCGCGCGGAUCAAUGAGAGUUUGGGCCAGCUCAAGACCCUGAUCCUGGACGCCCUAAAGAAAGAUAGCUCCCGCCACUCGAAGCUGGAGAAGGCCGACAUCCUGGAGAUGACCGUCAAGCAUCUGCGGAGCCUGCAGAGGGUCCAAGUGACAGCUGCCCUCAGCGGUGACCCGAGCGUCCUGGGCAAAUACCGCGCCGGCUUCAAUGAAUGCAUGAACGAGGUGACCCGCUUCCUGUCGUCCUGCGACGGGGUCACUUCGGACGUGCGCUCUCGCCUCCUGAGCCACCUCGCCGCCUGUCUCAACCAGCUCGGACCCGUGCGAUACACGCCGCCCGGACUCGUCCAGCCCUCGCAUCUAUCUCAACCGCUGCACGUCCAGCUGCCCGGGACGGCGGCCCCCGCUUCCGCCCAGUGCAAGAUGAGCCCGGCCGGAGCCUUGUCGCCCAAAGUGUACGGCGGCUUCCACCUGGUGCCGGCCCACGACGGCCAGGCCGUAGCUUUCCUGAUCCCGAACCCCGCCUUCGGGCCAGCCCCGGGCUCGCUGCUCCCGACCUACCCCGGGGCCGCGGCGGCCGGGGGAGGUCCGGCCGGCCCUCCCCCCGCAGCCGGCGGCUCCUCCAGUUCCCCGGUGCACGGCCUCACCUCGCUGGGAGGCAGCGGGCCGCGGGCGGGCAGCCCUGCCGAGGACAGAUGCGAGCCGGUCUGGAGGCCGUGGUGAGCCGCCGCAAGCCUCCCUUGCUCGGACUUUGCCGGGGAGCGAAGGUUGCCCCAAAGCCCCAGGCCCGCCCUCUGUGGAGGGAAGCCCCUUGUCCAGUUCGUUCCGUUUUAUGGGACGCCCGAGUGUCAGGCAGACGAGACUUAUUUAUCUCCACAGGCUGGAGUUCCCGUGUUGUCGAAUUGUGACUUGUUCUUAGUGUCAAUGGUUUUUAUAUAUAAAUGCCUUCUUGGAAACUUGC